AUGGUGCACAAGAUCUUAUUCUGGGGCGCUUUUGGUGUGGCCACAAGAUUUGUCCAACUCGGCAUAGAAAUGAGACCAUUCUUCCAGCGAGGCGCAUUAUGGGUAUAUCCCUUCUUCGCGACGAUAGGAGGUUCUUUCGGGUAUUGGCUGCAAGGUGUAGAGAGCAGACAGAUGAAGAUGUUGCAACAGAGGAAAGAGCUUGUGAUGGAUAAGAGGAGAAGGAGAGCUGAACGGGAAGCUAAGGAAGGUGGUUCUGAGACGACAGGAGUUUUGGCUGCAACUUCGUAA